AUGGCUGGUUCUGCUGCAGGAAAUUUUGGAUUUCAUCCUCAUUUGCCAAGUUUUACUUAUCGGUUCGUUGGUAAAGCAUUAGGUGCUACCAUGUGGUUUUGGAUGAUGUAUCGAGCAAAACAAGAUGGUCCCGUCCUUUUGGGUUUAAGACAUCCUUGGGAUCACCACGGUGAUGAUCAUCACGACGAACAUCACUAA